UGUGUGCCAAUUUAAAUUAUGAACUUUGUGCUAUUUAUUCAUAGCGAGGAACCGUCGCCAAGUGCAGAUGGGGUUUCUGCUGAAUUGCUGACCCCAUCAACACCCGACUCCAGUUUUGAUUUGGCAACGCGAGAGAAAAUCUGCACAUUGGACAAGUUUGCCGGGGCUUGUCCUUAUGCUGAAUACAUGAGGAAGUCAGACAAAUGUCGCGAAGGAGACGAUGAGGACCUCGGACAACAACUGAGACGAGCUUUUCAAAGAAACUGCAUUCCUUUCCGUCAAAAUGUGACUCCAUCGAAACGUCUGCUGUUCACCCUGAGGGAUAAGCUUGAAGGAGACUUGACAAACAUGAGUCUUCAAUUACCUGCCAAGAAGAAGGAGUUUUUGGCUUACAGUGCAGGUCCAGGUUCUUGGACCUCUGAUGACGUGAAUGUACUAUUGCAAUGGGCACGCCAAGGCAGAAAAGUUGCUGGAAAACCGCCACAAAUCCCUCUUGCCGACCCAGAACAAAGGCUCUCAGCUCUAGAAAUAGCCACAGAAAAGAUGAGACUCAGAGUGGCUCGUGAGCAGCGCUUGUCAAACAAAUGGAGAUCUUUUUUGAGUCGAUUCAAAGUGUUGGAACGUAGGCCACAAGUCAGUGUGGACGUGGAGGGCUCCUUACUCAGGAAAAAGGUGUGCUGGAGGGCUGACCAGUUUGCCCUGCUGCAUGCUGCCCGAAUCGAGAGCGACAUCUAUUUCAAAACCAUGCUCGGCUCUUUGCGGGACUCCGGCGCAUUGAACGUCAUCUUGAUUGACUUCUUGGAGAAGAAGACGAGGAACAACUGCUUGCCUGCUAUCCCUGAACUCAUGUACUGGCUGGUAGCGUAUGUGACAGUGUUGUCGGAUGGAAGCCUGCCCAUUCCAUGUGAUCCUCUGAAAGAACAUGGACAUCCCACUGAUGUUGUUGCCCAGAUGUUCCAGCUAACCAAAUGUCUAGGACCUGACAUCCUUUCUGACCUGGCCAAGCUGAGAGUCACUAGCAUGCAAUUGAUGACUGCCCUAACAACUGAAGAUUGUCAAAGACCAUUUGAAUCCACACCUGCAUGUGAUGUUUGAGUCUUGGAAUUGAGUUUUUAGAACUGUUGCAUGAAUAAUUCUUAAUUUUGCAAUAAAUGCUGUCAUUCCUUUUUAUA